CGUCCAUCAGCACUCAGCUUUAACUAAAAGUAUAAACAGAUCGAAAGCUGUUUCGGAGUAACAGACGAGCCGACAUGAUGGAUUCUGGGUGUGAGCAGGACGUGUGUGAGGUUUAUGCUCGCAGAAUUCAGGUGUUCUGGAGAGCUCGUCGGGACAGGAAAGUGUUUAAGCUGCUCAUGAGCACCGCGCGCUCGGCUGAGGAGUGUUUGACCCCUGCAGUUCUCCGACAGCUCAGUCCUCGAGAAGCAAAUCUGCUGAAAGACCAGAGUCUUCAGUGUAAAGUUCGAAUCAGGUUCUCAGGUCCUCAGUUUCCUCCUGUGAUUGUAUUUAAGAUCUUCCAGACAGGUCGAGGAGGACGCUACCUGUCCGGGAAAAAUGUCUUCCAGCCGUCCAAUCAGGCCACAGUGGACUCCUGCAGGAUGAUGGGAAACAGGAAGUUCAUGGACCUGAUGCAGCAGGACGAGGUUCACUGGCAGGGUCGCAUCAUCUCACGUCCUGCAGACGUCACGUGUAUCAGAGACUACAUGCAGUACUCGAGUCACCUGGAUUUGUCCCCAGUUGCCCCCCCGCCCUCAGCAGUGUCCACUCGGGGACCCAGGACUCCAAAACGGCGCUCACCCCAAGCUCGGACACUCACUGACCGCAUGAGACGUGUUUACACGCUGCGAGGGACAAAGACAGUUAAAGAUGGAGAUCAGGUGAUAAAUGUGAGCGAGCGACGCUCAGCUGAUGAGGAGUGUGUUUUCUUCCCUGCUGCGUCUGAAGGUGUGGCUUUGAGCGACGUUUCCGAUUGCGAGUGGGAGGAGGAGGCGGAGCUACUCUGCUCCUGGUCCAAUCAGCUCACACUGGACUGGAUUUAAUUCAGCUCAGUCUUUAGACUUCAGUCUCAUUUUUGACAUAAA